AUGCCUGCAACACUUUCCAUAAAACAGCUUGAGGCAAUUCAAGAUCUCAUAUUUGACAGGCUAGUAGCACAGUUUACGCGAAUAAAAGAAAUCAUCCCAUGCCAGCUAUACCUUGUGGAACGUUUUGUAUCUCAGAGCAAGAUGUUGGAAAAGAUUGGUUAUUGCGACUAUGAGCUAGCGUAUAUACUCUUUACCUUGCUGAAACGAUAUUUGGAGCAUUAUCAAGGAAAGAUUAAGGGAGCCAGUGAUGAGAUCUACUCAACUAUGAAGAGCGUGCUCGAAGAUAGGGCAAAGCAGAUGGGUGUGAUCAAAAGUCACUUGCACGCAGACACCGGUGAUGAUCUACUAGAUCGGUUUAAAGCUUUAAAGCAAGGUAACUCACAGGUUAAUACUACUAUGGCAACGCAAGCUGCCAAUCCCCACAGGUAUCAAGAACUGGUCAGUCCCAUGGAGCUUCAACAGCUUCUACUGAGUAGUAAAGUUUUGCUCAUUGAUUAUCGAGCUCGAAAAGACUACGUGCAUAACCACAUCAAACAUCCAAAUACCCUCAACAUAGAGCCCUCAUUGGUGGAAAACCUUUCAGCUGAGGCUACAAGUCAGGAUUUGGAAGCGAAAUUAAGACACACAAUGUCUCAUCUGCAGUUCAAACUUUUCGAAGACCGGCAGAAGUUUGAUUAUGUUGUCAUAUACAACUUCAAAUUUGGCGCUAUGGGAAACAAUAGAUUUAUUGAAAUCAUCAAGGAUAUCGAGCAACCGUUAGCCAACCCAUUUCGGCGAUUAAUUGAUCUAUUGACAAUCAAGAACCCAUUGAUCUCGUCACAGCUCAAAUUGUACCCCACGUACUUAUCUGGUGGAAUAAAAAACUGGUUUGACAUAUUUGGCAGUGAUGCCAUUGAAAAUUCUCGAAAUAUGUCCUCCGAGGUAGAAAUGAAUGGCUUGGUAUAUCCAAAAUCAUUUGACGAUUACUUGUCGUCGGCUAGAAGAGCAAGUCCAAGUGAGCCAAAAAGGACGGAAAAUACACCACACCCAAAGCUUGACGGUAGUAGUAGAGUUUUGCCGCUGACAGCGCUGACUAUGGGUGUACAGCCCUAUAAUCCUCAUCCAGUUGGUAUAACCGCACCCAUUUCAAAGACUUCCCAACCCGUGGUUCCUUCACCUAGCCCCAAGAAGAACACAGUUUCAAACUUACUAGAUGAUUUUGCCACUGGAUUGGUCAACUUGGGCAAUUCAUGCUAUAUGAAUUGCAUGAUUCAAUGCUUGGCAGCUACUCCACAACUAACGUCAUUUUUUGUUCCUUCGUUGACAAUGAAUGGAUCUUACAAGCAACAUAUCAACUUUAACAAUAAGCUUGGUACACAAGGAAUACUCACUACAGCUUUUGUGGAAUUGUUUAUGAACAUGUUGAAUAACAAUGGAAAAGCCUUUAGCCCAUCCAAAUUCAAAAAAAUUGCCGGAGAAUGUUCGCCGGGUAAACAGUUUGCCUCGUGUUCGCAACAAGACUGUACGGAAUUUGUCACUUUUUUGCUAGACGGUUUGCAUGAGGAUUUAAACCAGAGGCCAGCUUUAGAUCCACAGGAAAAGAAGCGGAUAUCGGAGUUGACACCAGAGCAAGAAAAAAACCGUGAAAUCAUACCUGUGAGGUUAGCCUCAACAAUUGAAUGGGAGAGGUACUUGAAGUUGAACUUUUCCAUAAUCGUAGAUACUUUCCAAGGUCAGUACUUGUCACAAUUGUGUUGUUUGGAAUGUGGGACAACCUCGACAACCUACAACGCUUUCUCCAUCUUGUCUCUACCCAUUCCUGAGAAAUUGAAUCAAACGCUGAAGGUGACUUUACAAGAUUGUAUUGAAGAGUUUACAAAAACUGAGCUACUCGACGAAGGAAACAAGUGGCAUUGCUCGCAUUGUAAGAGGUUCACCAGAUCGACAAAGAAAAUUGCAAUUACUCGUUUGCCUCAAGUUUUGAUUGUGAAUUUUAAACGGUUCAAAGUGAGCUCCAGUGGACAAAUACGCAAGUUGGAAACAUUUGUGACAUACCCCGUUACUGAAACAUUGGAUUUGACGAAAUAUUGGACAAAGCCUGGGACGAUAAUGAAUGAUUCUGUUGGAACAAAAAUGUCUCUUGAAGAGGAGACUACCAUUCUCGACUCCUUUCCGGUGAGAAACCAGGAGCCACCAUUCAAGUAUAAGGUAUAUGGAGUUGCCAACCAUUUUGGGACAUUAUCCACUGGACACUACACUGCUUAUGUUUACAAGGGUCUGAAGAAACGUUGGUGCUAUUUUGACGAUUCCAAGGUAACCACCAAUGUGUCACUGAGUGAAGUGAUGAACAAAAAUGCAUUCUGUGUAUUUUUUCAAAGAGUGUAG